AUGUCUUCAGUUCCCACGCAAUGUCUAUGCGUUUGGAUUACGUUUAAUACGAGACUUAAUGUCACCGUCUGUUCAAUCAGUCACUUCGUGUUGCCAUCAAUUGUCCAAACGUUUGAAUUGGACUCUGAGUUGGGAUUCCGAUAUCCCGGUACUGACCGACUGUUUCACACAAACAACUCCGAUAGUCGACACAUAUGUCCGAUGAAUGACUUUAAUAUAUUCUCCAAAAUAUUCAUUGUUUGGCUCAAAGACAUCCUAAAACACGGCUACAAAACAAACACUGAUUUGAGUCAACAUUUGCUUCCGAUUUGUGAUUACAUUAAAUCCAAGAAUGCUUACGAUUCGUACGAAUCAACGAACAGUUCAUACAAUUCAAAUCCAUUGGUCAAAGAAAUCAGAUUAUUGCCAAUGCUAUGGUGGACGGGUUGGGUGCCAUUCACAGUGUCGGCGCUCAUGGAGUUCGGUAACAUCGCCGCCCAAUUCAUUCAGCCCUACAUUCUGUCCAAACUUAUAGACUUCGUGUCGGAGUCCGACCAUCUGUGGCACGGAUUGUGUUACGCAAUGGCCUACUGUUUCUCUAACCUAUUGGCCCGACUAUUUGACGCCCACUCCUAUCUGUUCAUAAGUCUGGCCUAUUAUAGGGUGAAGUCGUCCCUCAUAACAGCUCUCUAUAGAAAAAUGCUUAAACUAAGUGCCAGUUCUCGUAGGGAAUACACAACCGGUGAAAUCAAUAACAUAAUGGGUGUCGAUAUCGGAGAGGUCUGUGAUUUACUCCAUUCAAUGACAACAUUGUAUUCAAUCCCCACAAGUCUUGGAAUCGGAGUCUAUAUUCUGUGGCAACAAUUGGGUCCGUCAUCACUGACUAUGUUUGGUGUUAUGCUAGUCGUGGGUCCGUUCACAACGUAUAUUAUGAAACGUAUCGAUGAUUUUCAAACCAAACAAAUGGAGCUCAAAGACAAACGUAUGGAACAAAUCAGUGAA